AUGUGUGUUGGACUACAGAGAGAUUUAGCUGCAGAACUGUUUGCCAACCAAUUGCUGGAUAUUGUUAAUGGAAACAACCAUCAAUGGCUUCAAAAUAGAGCGUUUCUGGCUGCCAAGAACUUAGAUGUCGAUGAAAUCAAUUCAAAAAUUCAAGCUAUGCUACCUGGUGAUUUAAUUUCGUUAAAAUCCAUCGACAUAGUGGUAGAUGAAAACGAGAUUGUGAAUUAUCCCACUGAGUUCUUAAAUUUGUUUGAUUUGCCAGGACUACCACCACACAAUUUACUUUUAAAAGUUGGUUCACCAAUCAUUUUAUUACACAAUCUAAACCCACUAAAAUUAUGUAAUGGAACAAGAUCAGGAAAAUUCAGAGGAGAAAAUAUAUUGCUUCCACGCAUACCAAUUAUACUAACCGAUGAUCCAAUUCAAUUCAAACGAUUGCAAUUUCCAAUUCGUUUAGCAUUUGCGAUGACAAUUAAUAAAUCUCAAGGUCAAACAUUAAAAGUAUGUGGACUGAAUUUGGAAAAUCCAUGUUUUUCGCAUGGGCAACUAUAUGUUGCAUGUUCCCGUGUUGGAAAACCUUCUGAUCUCUGUAACUACGGUCAAAAUGGUUUAACAAAAAAUAUUGUUCAUGAUUUAGCUUUAAGAUAA